UUGCCCAUGUUGGCACUAUGUUUUUUAUUGUACAAAUACUAUACAAACUAUUUGAUGCCAAAUCUGAAAAUCUGGAAAUUCGAAUUUAUUUUAUAAAACUUUUUCCACGCUAAAUUAAAAAUUUUAUGUGUUUAAUGUGCUUGAAAACAGAUAUAAUAAAUGUUAUAUAUAAAAAAUAUUUAACAAAUAAUUAUUAGAUGUUAUGAAAAAGUUGAACAUAUUUCAGAUAAGAAAUAUGUAAUUGAGAUAAAAAAAAAAAAUGAUUAAAAUUUCCUCUGCAGUAUACAUUUUAUAAAUGCUAGACUUGUAAUUUCUAUAACACAGUAUACAAAACACAUGCCAAUUAUAGAUAUAUUAAAAAUCUGAUACUUUCUAUACCUUAAUACCUUUAAGUAUUCUUUAGUGCUCUAAUAUCGAUACAGUUUUUAAGGCACAGCACUUCAAAAUCUAUUAAAUCAUAUAUAAGUUUGAUAAAAUACGUACAAAGUUAAAGUUAUUUUAACUGUAUUUUCUUAAAAUGCUAUAUACUAUUUGCAUUAUGUAUGAAGUCCAUAUUUCUGUACUUUUCUAUUAUUAUUAAAUUGAUUAUAAACAUAUUUUAAUUGAAUCUAUGUGUACAUAUGUAUAUUUUUCACCAUCCAUUUAUUCAUUGUUUGACUAAAAAAGCGUGACAAUAAGUUAUACAAUAAAUUGAGAAACUAAAUAAAGAACAUAUAUGUAAGUACAUAUGUUCGUCACGUCAAGUCACGUAUCGAAUGCAAUCGGUUACUGCAUUAAUUCUUCAGGCUUAAGGAACAGUAGUUUGAAAUAAACGACACAUUAAAAUAAAACUGAUAUUUUUUAUAUGUUUAAUAAAAUUUGAUUUAUUUUUUAUAAUGAAUUUAGGAAAUUUCUGUCGAGCUCUUCCAAAAUUGGAACUUCAUGCUCAUUUAAAUGGAUCCCUAAGCAUAGAUACUUUGAAGAAAUUGUAUAAAAUGCAAAAUCCUAAUUCAGAAGAUUCUGACAAAAUAUUUACGAGUAUAAAAGAUUUUUCAUCAUUAGGCGAGUGUUUCAAAGUAUUUGACAUAGCACAUUCAUUAGCAGUAACACCAGAAGCAGUGUUUCAUUCUACCUACGAUACAAUUAAAGAAUUCAAAGAUGAUAAUGUAAUAUAUUUGGAGCUUAGAAGCACACCACGUGUUAUUCAAGGGAAAAUGACUAAAGAAGAAUGUGUAGAAGCAAUUAUAAAAGCAUUUGAGGUGUGCAAGAUUGAUUUUCCAAGCAUAUUAUUGAAGUUAUUAAUAUCAAUUAAUCGUAAACAAGGAUACAAAGCAGCACAAGAAAACAUAGAAUUAGCAAUAGAUUUUAUUAAGAAAUAUCCCCAAUAUAUUGUUGGACUUGAUCUCAGUGGAGAUCCAAUGACGGGGAAUACAUUUUUAGAGUUAUUGGAAAAAGCUAGAAUGGCCGGACUUAAAAUUGCAAUCCAUUGUGCAGAGAUUUCAAAUGAAACUGAAACAAUAGAUAUCCUUGAAUUUAAACCAGACAGAUUGGGACAUUGCACUUGUAUUCAUCCCACACUACAAGGAUCAAACAAAAUAUUUAAUUUGCUUCUUAAGUCAAAAAUUCCUGUAGAAUUGUGUUUAACUUCAAAUGUUCAAUGUAAAACAGUACCUACUUAUGAAUCUCAUCAAUUUAAAUAUUUGUUUGAAGCUGGACAUCCUAUUUGUCUUGGUACCGAUGACAAAGGUGUUUUUCAUACAUCUUUGUCCCGCGAAUACGAAAUAGCUAGUUCAACGUUUGGUUUAGAACGAGAACAACUCAUAAAACUUUGCCUAUCAUCUGUACAAUAUGCUUUUGCAACAUUAGAAGAGAAACAAGCAAUAUUGUGUAAGAUCGAAAAAUUUGCUAAAGAAUAUAACGUUACAUAUUGAAAUUGUAAUGAAUUAUCGUCAAUGAGAUCGACAAUUGAUGUCGCUACAUAUAUGUAUAAAAAUUUGAUAGACACAAACAUUCGAUCGAAUUGACAAAGUAUAUACAUGUUGUAUAAGGGCGUAACGAGGUCAUAGACUAUUAAAAUAAAAGUAAUAUCGAUUUUAUUCGUUAUGAUAUUUGUGGGCUCGUUUACAUGGAUUUACAGAUAACUAAGUUGCUACUUACGGAGAUUAAAAUAGUUAAUGUCAUCAGUAUUGUUUUUUUUUUUUUUUUAAUUAUAUGUAGUAUAUACAACGUAUAUAAUUAUUAUUACAAUGUUAUGCCUGCAAAUGUGCUGUAUUUUUGUUUCGACAUUGAAGACAAAAAUUAAUAAUACUUACAAACCGGCAUCAGUCUAGUCGGUUCAAUAAACAUUAACAAUUGUCUUAUAAACUAUGAAAAUCAUCGAGCGCAGAAAAACUGUUAAUUACAUUUAUUUUUUUGUUGCUUAUUUUUGUAUUUGAUGUUUUUUAUUAAUUUGGUGUUUCGUGUAAUCAAUUAAAAAGUAAAAUGAUGAAUUUAGCACCACAUAAAAAAGACUGUCAAGAAUCAAAAUAUCAAUUAAUUUCAAGAUCGCCGCAGAAAUAUUUUUCUUAUUUCAUAUCAAUUGUCUGGAAUAAAAAUGAAAAAAAGAAAGAAAGGAAAAAGGAAUCAACCUUUUACCUUUAUGCAAGAGCAACAAGGAUUCCUUUCCUUAACUUUGAUUCAAAUAUUCCUUUUUCUAUUUUUUUUUUUUUUUUUUGUUCUUUUAUUAGAACCGUUACUUCCUACCAUGUCAUAACAAGAUGAUAGUAGUAAAUAUCUGAAUAAUACUAAUAGUAAUAGGAAUAAUAACUAUAUAGUUGUAAUAUUAAUGUUGACAAUGUCAUUAAUAUUGAUUUUAAUAAUCGCAAUAAGAAAUUAUUUCUAUCCUAUAUAAUAUUCAUUCUAUGUAACAGUCUUUUUGGCUAAUAUUCGAACUAUAAACAAUAAAACAAUUUCAUUUUCUCA